CAGAAAUGUGGCGAGAAGUUUCGAACUGCGUGGACGUGCAGUUGCGAAUACGGUCACGCGGGCGAUAGCCGAAACGAGGACUGUUCGCAACCUGGUGCCCGUUUGUGCGUGAGUUGCGAUGCCGGCUACGCGCUGAAUACCGAAUCGGGGAAGUGUGAACGUGAUCCAAACACCGGUCCUCUCCCCUUACACACCUUGAACGAGGAUGUCGAACUGGAUGAAGACGAAGCCAGAGUGACAUCGGUUAUUACACCGAAGGGAGACGAUGAGCAAGACGUGACGAAGCUGGAGAUGACAGAAAUACUGAUUAUGAUUGGAGUCUGCACCGGCAUUUCUUUGCUAGCGAGCUGUGCGCAUUUGGGGGCGCAGUGAGCGAGGUAGGAUCCUGCCCAUAAUAGGGUUGCAAGAUUGAAACUCUGUAUGAAGAUUACCAUCAUGAUCAUCGUUCAUUGACGAGGACAGGCAGACUGGCUUCAGUAAUGCAACGGUGGUGGAAGAAGAACAGCACAAACUCAAACACACAACGUGUCCGUAAAUAUCGAACCCUUCCUCUGGGAGGUAGCAGAGCUUCACCGUAAAUGGCGCACCCA